AUGAUAUUGGCCCGCACUGGUGCUCGAUCAUCCCAUCUCGUACAACUCCACAGAGAAAAGGGCCCAAUCCUCCGCACUGGUCCCAACACUCUCUCUUUCAGCGAUGUUCGUGCAAUCAAAGAUAUCUACGGACACGGUACCCCCUGCAUCAAGGACGAAUCAUACGUCCUGACUGCUGGCUCUCACUACCACCUUGCCGACGUUGUCGAAAAGCACGACCACGCAAGAAAACGCAAGGUCCUGUCCUCGGCCUAUGCUCUGAAGAACCUUGAGGGUUGGGAGCACAAGGUUGCUGAUAAGGUCGAAAGGCUGUUCAAGCAGCUCGACAAGCGCUGUACCGAUCCCCUUCCCAAGGGUCAAAUGUUCCCUAAGCCAGAAGAUUUGACCGUUGAUUACCGCAAAUGGGGGAACUUUUUCACACUCGACGCCAUCGCUGACAUUGGUCUUUCUGAACGUCUCGGUCUCCUUGAUCGCGGACACGACAGAGUCCUGGCUCGUCGCAAGGACGGCACCACGCGGGAGGUCCCCUUACGUGACUCUCUUUACCCUACUGCCCGGAAGCAAUCUCUGCUCGUCUGGAGCUAUGACAACUACAAACUCAUUGACAAGCUGUCCAAUCUCAUCCCCCGCUACCGCCAGAUGACUGAGGCCUCCAAGGGUUGGGAUGGAAUCGUUCUUCAACUCUCCAACCAACGUCUCAAGCGUUACAACGAAGGCGAGAAGCUAGACGACUUCUUCCAGGCGCUUAUGGAAAACAAGAACGGCGAGCCGAACAACCUCGAUUGGGGCGAGAUUGUUGCCGAGGUCAACAUUAUGAUGAACGCAGGCAGCGUGACCACCGCUAUCGCAGUCACCAACGUCCUGUAUCAACUACUCAAGAACCCCAAAUAUCUCCAGCGCCUCCGUGAGGAGGUUGACAGUGUUAUUGACCCAGACGAGGUCAUUGCCCCUUACGACAAGGUCAAGCACCUGCCCUACCUCCGUGCCUGCCUCGACGAAUCCCUCCGUCUGUUCCCUCCCACGCCUCAUGGUCUGCCUCGUAAGACGCCCCCUGAAGGAAUGUAUAUCAUGGGCGAGUGGAUACCUGGAGACACCACCGUCAGCAUGUCUGGUGUCGUUGUGCACCGCGACGAGUCUGUGUUCCCCGAUGCCGACAAGUAUGUUCCCGAUAGGUGGCUUGGCGAGAAGGGCAAAGAGCUGCAGCCUUAUUUCCUGGCCUUCUCUGCCGGCGCAAGAGGCUGCAUUGGCAGGAACAUUUCGUACCUAGAGCAGGCCGUAUUGUUGGCGUCUGUGGUUCACAGAUAUGAGUUUGCGCUGCCUCGAGACUUUGAGCUGGCGCGUGAGGAGACGAUGAAUUGGCUAUUGGGAGAGAUGCCCGUAAAAGUGUGGAGGCGACAGUUAGAUGAGGUUGAGGUGAGCUAG